AUGGGAGACCAAAAAAUGGUAACUGAAAUUCCUGCAGCUUUAAAACGCUUGGCAAAAUACAUUGUGCGUGGAUUCUACAGGCUGGAAUAUUCCCUCACCCUAGAUGUUCUUGUUCGAUAUCCCUGUGUGAAGGAGGAUGAGCUGCAACAACUACUAAAGUUUGAGAAGAAGCAACUCCGAGCUGUCCUCAACACACUAAAAGCUGACAAGUUUAUUAAGAGUCGAAUUAGAGUUGAAACCAGUCCUGAUGGGAAAAGUUCCCGACACAAUUAUUAUCACAUCAACUACAAGCUGCUAGUGGAUAUGGUAAAAUACAAGUUGGACAUUAUGCGCAGAAAAAUUGAAACGGAUGAAAGAGAUUCCACAACAAGAUCUUCUUUUAAAUGUCCAAUUUGCUUCAGUACAUUUAGUGAUUUGGAAGUCAAUCACUUGUUUGAUCCUUGCACAGGUAAUUUUAACUGCACUUACUGUCACACUGAAGUAGAAGAAGAUGGCACUGCAAUACCGAAACGGGAUGCUCGAACUCUUUUGGCAACAUUUAAUGAGCAGCUUGAACCAAUUUAUGCACUUUUACAAGAAGCUGAAGAUAUCGCUCUUCCACAGGAGCUCCUGGAACCACAACCAAGUGAGAUUCCAGAACUGGCAGUUGGUCAGGGACAAAAAAUGCAAUGUCCUGCAAGUUAUGCACAUCCAGAAAGAUGGUCAAAUAAAACAACUUGCAGUGACCUCUAUGAACAAAACAUUAUGGUGAAUGCCCAGGAAUUUGAAGCAAAAACCAAGAAGCAACCCAUUAAACCGCAACCCAUCUGGUUGACCACAAGCACUGUUGAAAGAACUGGUUUGGAUGUGGCAGAAUGUUCAAUUGAACAUGCCAAAAAUCUUCAAAAUACAAAGAGAGAGACUCUCAAUUGUGAAGUAAUAAAAACACUUAUGAUUCAUGAGAAAAGACAACCAACUGGAGCAACCUUCACUUCCAAUCAGACUGAACCAGACAGUGAUACUAGUGAAUCUGGAGAAGAGUUCAAGAACAGAAAACAAGCUACACAACGAGAAAUUCUGAAAGAUGAAUCUGAGUUGGAGAAACCCAUGGUUAUGGUUGCUGGAAAACUAUAUCUCUAUAGUGAAGUUAGUCAACAGCCUGAAUUGGUAUCUUUGAUGACUGAAGAAGAGAGGGAGAAGUACAUUUCUACUUGCCAAGAAAUGUUCCAUUUAAUGUAUGAUUAA